UCCAUGGCGUGUGUGUCGCCGCCCUUGGCCUGGCCCCCGGAGGCUGCCUCGUCAGGGGGUGGGGCUCUGGCGCUGAGGUUUCUUUCUCUUUCCCCACUGGCCACGCUCCUCCGCAGAGACAGGAAGAUGAAGAAACUGAGCGUCUCCUCCGCCUGAGCAGGGAGAUGCUGGCAGCAGGCACGGGGCCCGAGGAGCUGGCCUGGGGGGAGGAGGACCUGGUCCUCGCCGAGUACGAGAGUGACGAGGAGAAGGGCUCGGCCAGCGGAGUAGACGCGGAUGAGGAUGACCUGGAGGAAGAACAUGUAACUAAGAUUUACUACUGCAGUCGGACGCACUCGCAGCUGGCCCAGUUCGUGCACGAGGUGCAGAAGAGCCCCUUCGGCAAGGACACUCGGCUCGUCGCCCUGGGCUCGCGGCAGAAUCUUUGUGUUAAUGAAGAUGUGAGAAAGCUGGGUUCUGUGCAGCUCAUCAAUGACCGCUGUGUGGAACUGCAGAGAAGCAAACACGAGAAGAAGAGCAGCGUCGAGGAGGAGAAGCCCGGGCGGAGGAGGAGGCUGGAGCCGCGGGCCACCUGCCCCUUCUAUAACCAUAAGCAGCUGCAGCUCCUCCGGGACGAGGUUCUGGUGGAGGUGAAGGACAUCGAGCAGCUGGUGGCCCUGGGGAAGGAGGCUCGGGCCUGUCCCUAUUAUGGGAGCCGGUUCGCCAUUCCAGCAGCCCAGCUGGUGGUGCUGCCCUACCAGAUGCUGCUGCACGCGGCCGCCCGGCAGGCGGCGGGGAUCCGGCUGCAGGGCCAGGUGGUGGUCAUCGACGAGGCCCACAACCUGAUCGACACCAUCACGGGCAUCCACAGCGUGGAGGUCAGCGGUUCCCAGGAAGCACCAGCAGGGACGGUCCUUCCCUGCGAGUCACCGUCUUCCCCUGUCCCUGACCCUCGGUGGAUGCCACUGCCCCAGCCCCCCUGCACCUCGAUUGCACCCCAAGCGUCCUGGGCUGGCGUUCUCCAGGCAUCGUCGAGGGCAUCGCUGGCACGGCCCCAGGCUGCUGGUCCGGGGCCUGCUCUGCCGUCACAUCGCUCUCUGUUCUCCCCCAGCUCUGCCAGGCCCACUCCCAGCUGCUCCAGUACACGGAACGAUACGGGUGAGACGUUGCCUCCCGAGGGGUUGGGAAGGCCCCGCUCAGCCUCGGCGCCCCAAGGCCAGCCUGCGAGGGGAGGCACCGGGGUAGCAUCUGGCCGGGGCCAGCGUGCCUCCGCCUCCUGCUCGUUAGGCGUGCACCCCAGGAGGCCGUGCAGGCCCUGGGCCACAGUGAGCCGCCCUUCUGGGAGAGUGUGUGUAGCUCGUGACCCAGUUGGGAAGACAGCAGACAGGAGGGGCCUCAGCUCAGGCACCUGGAGGGGAAGUCGGGGCCCUCCCGCUGAUGUCCACUGGCGGCUUCUCCCCAGGAAGCGCUUGAAGGCCAAGAACCUGAUGUACAUCAAGCAGAUCCUGUACCUGCUGGAGAAGUUUGUGACUGUGCUGGGUGGGAACAUUAAGCAAAACCCCCAUACCCAGAGCCUCUGUCAGGCAGGUAAGAGCAGGUCGGAGGCGUUUCUGAGCUGCCCUCUGGGGCCCGGGGGCCGUGGUCCUCAGAGCGAGGACUCCAGGGCCCUUCGCUUGUUUGCCUUUAGGGACGGAGCUGAAGACCAUCAGCGACUUCCUCUUUCAGAGCCAGAUCGACAACAUCAACCUGUUCAAGGUAGGUUUUCCCCUUUGUUGUGCUGGCACAUCCAGGUUUCUUUUCUGCCCACCCCCCGUGGGCGGAACAGUGUGAAGACAGUGGAAGGAACAAAGUAUAUUCCUUCCGUCCUUGAGCAGCCUAGAGGUCCCAGGGUCUAUAGAAUUACUGUCCGUAGCCCUUACACGCAGCUCAUGUCGGAGGAGGGCAGAGUCCUCAGCCUGGGGCGGAGGGUCACAAGAGCCGUGCCUUCCUCUCUGUGUAAAAAGCAGACGCUCUCAGGGGCCUCCCCUCCGUCUUCGGGCACAGUCCUCCCGGGCUCUGGGCAGAGCACGGGUGACUUUGCGAUCCAGCUGUCGGGCUGAGGUGCCUGAGAGUGUGGCUGGGGUGCUCGCCUGGGUUGGGCCCAGCCUCAGCCUUUGCUCCCUCCAGAUGGGGCACAGGCUCUGUCGCUUGACCGACCUCCUUCGUGAGGCUGGUUUGCUAACGCCCCGGAGCAGCGUGGCCGAGGCAGCGCGUGGGUCCCGUGACUCCAAGGGAGGGGCGCCACGCCUUUCGGGCUCCCUAGCGCAGGAGGGCGGCACGCCGCGCACACGAGGGGGCUGCUGGUGCUUGGCGGAGCCCGGGGCGACCCGGCUGCGCGGGCUGGAGGCCCCGCUCCCCCUGCCCCUUCACGCCAGCUGCCCCCUGGCCUGGUUGCUGCCAUCCCCCGCCAGGCGGGUGGCGGGCCGAAUGGCCUUGGAUUCCUUUCCCCCUCGCCUCGCAUCUACACGCUGCCGGGCCCUGACCCCGUGCUCUCAUCCCACAGCUGCUGCCCCAGAGCAGGCGAUUUCCCUCCUCGCUCCUCUCUGGUCUCUGGUCCUGUUCUCUGCCUCCUGUCUCUUUUACAGACUAUAGUCAGGUGACUUUUUUUCUUUUUUCUCUUUGGCCACACCAAGCAACUCGCAGGGUCUUCAGCUCCCCGACCAGGACUCAAACCCGCACCCUCGACAGUGGAAGUGCGGAGUCCUAACCACUGGACCUCCAGGCUGUUCCCCAGUUAAUCUUUUUUUUAAAACAUCUUUAUUGGAGUAUAAUUGCUUUACAAUGGUGUGUUAGUUUCUGCUGUAUAACAGUGAAUCAGCUAUACGUAACACAUAUCCCCAUAUCUCCUCUGUAUCCCACCCCUCUAGGUGGUCACAAAGCACCGAGCUGAUCUCCCUGUGCUAUGCGGCUGCUUCCCGCUAGCUAUCUAUUUUACAUUUGGUAGUGUGUAUGUAUGUCCAUGCCACUCUCUCACUUCGUCCCAGCUUACCCUUCCCCCACUGUGUCCUCAACGUCUGCGUGCAUCUUUAUUCCUGCCCAGCCCCUAGGUUCAUCAGUACCGUUAUUUAUUUAAAUUUAUUUAUUUACUUAUCUUUUGGCUGUGUUGGGUCUUCAUGGCUGCACACAGGCUCUCUCUAGUUGCGGCGAGCGGGGGCUACUCUUUGUUGCGGCGCACGGGCUCCUCGUUGCGGUGGCUUCUCUUCUUGCAGAGCAUGGGCUCUAGGCAUGUGGGCUUUGGUAGUUGUGGCUCAUGGGCUCUAGGGCGCAGGCUCAGUAGU